AGCAGUCAGGUACGAUUUAUUACGCAAGUGUUAUGAAGUAAUCGAUCGAUUGGUUGAUUGAAGUGAAGAUAAUAUCUGUCAAGAACAUGAAGAUGGUCAUGGUCCCUGCAAGUGAAGUUCAGUUGACGGAAGUCAAGUACGAUUUAGGAGAAAUCCAAGCCCCACGUUUGACUGGAUUAUCUCUUAAGCUGUUUGCUACCUUGAUCAAUGCGCCUCUGGUUGGUUCUUUCAUCAUCGCUUACUUGAGACAGCAGAACAAAAUGGAUCAGAUGCUAAGAAAUACAGUGAUACCAGAACCGCCAAUGUUUAAACCCGAGUUUCCUCCUCCUCAAGAACAAGAAGCUGGAGUGGUUCAUCUUGAAGAAGAUGGUAAACCACAAGAUCGAGUUGAAGCGGCUUCUAGGUGUCUUCCACACCAUCAUCCUGCUACCACUUGGAAUUCUGAAUUCCGCUACUGGAAAAUCCGUGACUAUGCAUACGCUUACAGGUCGGGCCUUACCACACCGUCAAUGGUUGCUGAGCAUGUCAUUUCAGCGGUGGAGGAAUGCAAACCCCGAACACCUCUAUUAAUUUCUUUUAAUCCUGAGGAAGUAAGAAAGCAGGCUGCAGCAUCUACCCAAAGGUUUGAGGAAGGAAAUCCUUUGUCCAUUUUGGAUGGCAUUUUCAUGGCAGUCAAGGAUGACAUAGAUUGCUAUCCUCAUCAAUCAAAGGGUGGCACAACAUGGCUGCACGACAUACGCCCUGUUACCAAGGAUGGGGUUGCUGUAUCUCGGUUAAGAAGCUGCGGUGUCAUAUUUGUUGGGAAGGCUAACAUGCAUGAGUUGGGCAUGGGAGACACCGGAAUGAAUCCUCAUCAUGGGACACCUCGAAACCCACAUGACCCACAAAGGUAUACUGGUGGAUCUUCAUCAGGCUCUGCAGCUAUUGUAGCAUCUGGAAUAUGUCCUGCUGCACUUGGAUCGGAUGCUGGAGGCUCCAUUCGAAUUCCUGCGUCCAUUUGUGGUGUUGUGGGAUUAAAGACUACCUAUGGACGAACCGACACAACUGGGACAUUAUGUGGGCCAGGGACUGUCGAGGUUAUUGGACCAAUAGCGUCAAGUGUUGAUGAUGUCAUGCUGAUAUAUGCAGCGAUGCUGGGAUCCUCGCCUGCUGAUAAAAUCAGUUUAAGACCGCCCAUCCCUUGCUUGCCAGAUUUGUCAUCAAAUGUUGGCUUUCCAAUGCGAUUAGGGAAGUACACACAGUGGUUUGAUGAUGUAAGCUCGCCUGACAUAUCUAGUAUCUGUGGACAAGUUCUUACUUCAUUAUCAGAGAUGCACGGGUGUGAAAUAGUAGAGAUUACUAUACCAGAGCUUCAACAGAUGCGCUUAGCACAAGUCGUUUCAUAUGGUUGUGAAUUGCUGUGUUCAUUAGUGCCCCAAUUCCAAAAAAGGUUUCAGAAACUUGCACUGGAUAGUCGUAUAAAUUUGGCAGUUUGUCAGUCAUUCACAGCCUCAGAUUAUGUUGCCGCCCAACGUCUUAGGCGGAGAUUGAUGUAUUACCACAUGGAAAUCUUCAAGAAGGUCGACAUUAUCGUGACCCCCUCAACUGGCAUGACUGCACCUACGAUUCACCCAAGUGCACUUGAUUGCGGUGAAUCAGAUCUGGAGGUUACAGGUAACCUAAUGAAAUUUGCAGUGACAGCAAAUGUUCUUGGAUUCCCAGCCAUUUCUGUCCCUGUUGGUUAUGAUAAGCAGGGACUUCCAAUAGGCUUGCAGCUAAUGGGAAGACCUUGGUGUGAAGCUACGAUCUUGCGCUUGGCUGCUGCCAUAGAGCAACAAUGGAAUGAACCUAAGAGGAAGCCUGUAAUAUAUUUCGACGUUACGAAGGGUAAGUGAGUAACAAGCUGGGGUUGUUGAUCAGUGCUCAAGGAUAACUUGAUUUAAAACCAUAUGUUCAAAAUGGUGAAACAGUUUGAUACCAUACUAUGCAGUUAAUAUCGGUGAUAUAUUUGACCGAUAUGACUGACACCGAUAUACCACUGAAUUCUUAGUGUUAAA